UGUGAGUGCAUCACGCCAUCACCAAACUCAUGGCAAUUUUUCUUAUAUAUAAAUACAACUACAUUUUGAAGUUGAGAGGGUUCUAUCCCACCUACCGCAAUUCCACGCAUAAAUUAAUAAUCUUUCAGUAACAGUACACGAGGAGAAAGGAGGAGGAAGAGGUGAAAUACCCUCUACCAACCACCGGUUUUGCGGCUUUCCGAUCGAAAUAAAUAAGAGUAAAAAAGGCAGUGGAAUAUUAUGGAGGUUAAAGUUUCACAAGGCUUGCAAUUGUCAACAUGGAUGAAUUUGGAAAAAACUGCAAGAAAACCAAAUGGUUCGCUGCGGUUUUCCCACAAAUGUGGGGAACAGCAUUGCUACAAGAAACCUAUUCCAUUUCAUUUGCCAACUAGAAAAGGAAGGAGUUGGCAAAGACCGUUGGUGUUGAAGGUUUCAUGCUCUUCUGAAAAUGUACCAGCUUCAGUGCUGGAGUCUGGAUGUUUUCCAGCAUCACUUGAUAAGAUUUUAGAGAAAAAAGCAGAAGAGAUCGAACAACAUCUAAAUGGACGUUGUAUAUAUCUUGUUGGAAUGAUGGGGUCUGGAAAAACAACAGUGGGCAAGGUUUUAUCAGAAGCUCUUGGGUAUUCUUUUCAUGACUGUGACACACUCAUUGAGCAAGCUGUUGGUGGAAAUACCGUGGCUGAAAUCUUCAAGUUACAUGGAGAGAGCUUCUUCAGAGACAAUGAGACGGAGGUACUACGGAAGCUGUCUAUGAUGCACCGAUUGGUUGUUUCCACGGGUGGGGGUGCAGUUGUUCGCCCCAUCAAUUGGAGAUACAUGCAAAAGGGUAUCAGUGUAUGGCUAGAUGUACCUUUGGAAGCUUUAGCACGAAGAAUUACAGCUGUAGGGACUGAUUCUCGGCCCCUUUUGCAUCACGAAUCUGGAGAUCCUUAUCUUAAGACCAUGAAGCUGUUAACUACCCUUUUCGAAGAACGGGGUGAAGCAUACACCAACGCAAAUGCCAGAGUUUCCCUAGAAAAUAUUGCAAACAAACUGAGAGAUACAGAUGUAUGCAAUCUCACGCCAACUGUAAUUGCAAUCGAGGUGCUUGAACAAAUUGAGAAGUUCUUGAAGAAAUAAGUAGACUUAACUCAAUUUUGGUUCUUUUUUAAUUUUGCAAGGUGAGUGCUGUGAUUAAUGUUAUUCAGUUGAGAAACAUGGCAUUUGUAAUGCACAAACACAUUCGACUCAUUGAUUAUGUGUAAUGGUUUGCUGUAAAUGUAAUUUAUAAAUAUUGCUCUCUUUGGAUGCUCUUGUCAGAUUCGAUUGUAAUGUUAUUUCAGCUUUCUUUAGUUAACAAUGAA